AUGGCCACUGCUGAAUAUGUCAUCACCGUCCAAAACAAGACGGGGAAGACACACAAUUACCUUUUUUUCAACCAAGAGCCCGGAGAGUCCAGCACCGUUGGACAGAUAUACACCAACGUUUGGAUCAGAUCUCCCGGAGUUCCAUCUCCCCGUGGCAAAGCCGUCUUCGAUGUAAAGGUGGCGAACUUUGCCGUUUGUGGGACGACGCCAGACCCAGUCGACUAUGGUGUUGUUGUCUCGACAAGCGAUUACGCGGCGGUGGAGCUUACCACUAAAGACAAGAAGGGCACGGUUCCCUUAAUGGAAAUCGUGGACGGAGGACCUCAGUUCAUUGCUCCAUUUGAGGAAACCGACAAGGAUAACUCGUUCGGUAUCCAUGUUAAAAUUUACGACCCGAAGAGAUACUCCACUGUUUAUUGCGGAUUCGGCAAGCUCAACCAAAAGGCGGAAGUUGUCCCUGUCGCUGUUUGGCGAGCCGAGCCCGGCGAAAAAUACAUACUCACUCCUAAAGUCACCUAUUAUGUUAGCACAGGGGAUUAUAAAGCUGGCGAAACGGUAGAUGUUACUCAGAUUGGCGAGGUUUCGACGAUUGAUUUUACCAAGGCCAAACCAGGCCAGACCGUCGCGACGAUCACUCAUAACGAUGACGGGAGUUACUCUGACCCCGAGUUCAGCUAUCCGGAGAAGCGCAAGCCUUAUGCCUAG